AUGUUGACGACCGUGCCCUUCUGGAUUGCUGCUGCUGGAUUGGCCCUUCAAGACGUCGUAGACAUAUGGCAAACAAGCUUGACCAGCCAUCGCAUUGCCCUUCAGCAACAGCACUCGCCGAAGUUUCCCCAGGGGCAGCAUGUGGCAGUGGCAGUUGAAAUCGUUCAGCUGACGUGCUUGCGCGUGAGCUGCAGACGCUGGAUGGCUCUGCCGCCACAGGUGUUGGCAAGCAUAUACGCAAAGGAUGCAGCAAGGAAACGCUACCAGCUGAAGAUUCCUGGCGGGAAGAAAACCGCACUGUCCAUGUGCCUACAGUUGAUGGAGCCAAAUAAAGCUCAGGAAGAUGGCGAAGCCAUGCCGCAUAUCGAAAAGGCGGGCUCUGUUCCUCAGCCCCACGUUUCCAUACUAAGGAU